GAUGUUGCUGCCAUAGCCAGACAGCAGCUCGGAGAAGCGGCCAGCCGGAGGAUGGUGUCUUCAUUUUUAAUUUAUUAUUGUUGAAUUUCAACAAAAUGAAGCGGCUUUACUCAUAACGUCGCGAGGACGGCGGCUGUGCUUGUCUCCAGGACGAUGAGAGGGACUCGUCCGGCACUGCAGUAGAGGAGCAGUGACAUGCUGGCUUGCCUGCCGGCGUCAGGUGACCCCGCCAUCCGACUUCUUCACCGCACGCAGAUGAACACUGGACUUCAGAAAUGGGAAACCACACAGGAGAUGAGAUCUGUUCCCCAUCCGACGCCUGCAGAGUUGGACGCCUAUGCUAAGAAAGUCGCCGACAAACCUCUGAACAUCCAGAUCUUCCCAAACAGCAUCAAGGUUCCUCAGAAGAAGCACGUCCGCCGCACCGUCAACGGCUUGGACACGACGUCGUCCACGCAGCGCCACAGCCCGUACCCUCCGCACCUGGCCGCCGGCGCCGGGCUCCUGGCCGUCCUCCGCGCGCCUCCCCGAGGCCCCGUCAGGCAGCCGGACGGCUGCCGCACUCGGCUGCAGCUGAAAGCCGCCAUGAACCCUCAGAGCGGCCCAUACGCCGCGCCCAGCACUUUAAACCUCCCACACCUGGCCGCUCAGAAGCAGGGGGCGGGGCAUCCUCAGCAGAGCCUGGCGCACCCCAUGGCGCUGCAGCAUCACCAGAGGAGCAUGGCUCACUCUCAGGCUCUGCAGCAGCAGCAGAGGCUGACGCAUCCGCCCGCCGUCGCGCGGCAGCCGCCGCCCCCUCAGGACGUGGCACCCUGCACUGCCGCCAUGCCGCAGCAGCACCUCCCUCACAUGCAAACUCUGAAGCAUCAGGUGGCUCCAGCGCAAGCUUUGGGAACGACUCAGGAGCUGCGGCAUGUCCCGGACGGCGCGGCUGUGCAGGCGGCCCCCUCCUGCCCCCCCGCUCUGCCGCCGCCGCCGUACGGCGCCCGCAAGCUGCCGGACGCUGAUGCCCCGCCCAAUGUGACGGUAUCUACCUCCACCAUCCCGCUGUCCAUGGCGGCCAGCCUGCAGCAGGCGCGGCCCGGCGACCUGAGCAGCAUCGUGCUGCAGAUCAACCAGCUGUGCCAGGCGCGCGCCGGCAUGGGCGCCACGUCCGUCUGCGAGGGCCAGAUCGCCAACCCCAGCCCCAUCAGCCGCAACCAGCUCAUCAGCGCCAGCUCCAGGGUUUCCCAGCAUGCCUCGGGGGCCGGCGGCGUCUCCAGCUGCCUGCUGAUGGACAAGCCGGCCGCUCCGGCUCCCGCCGCCAGCGGCAACAAUAACUUGGCUGCUUUCCACCCGGAUAGUGACAAGCUGCUGCAGCAGCACCUGCUGCAGCAGAAGCAGCAGCAGCAUCUACAGCAGCUGCAGCAGCAGCAGCGCUCCUGGGCGCAGCACCAGCUGGCCCACAUGCAGCAGCCGCCGGAGGGAGCUCACCCCUGUAAAAACCCGCGGCUGGAUCCGGUGGCCGAAUGCGCCUUCCCCUCCCACGGCCUGAGCUACGGCCACAAGCCGCCAGCCGCCGCGCACAGCUUCCCGCCGAAGCAUGCCGCAGACAAAACGCUGCCCCCCUCCUCCGCCAACUGCUCCUACCUGAACGGCCACUACCUGCAGCCGGCGUGGGGCGCCGUCCCGGCUGCCGCCGGAAACAACGGGAACAUUCCUCAGGACCUGCCGGUGGGCUUUCAGGGCGGACACGCCGCCGCCGCCGCCGCCGCCGCCGAGCGCAUCCCGGGAGCAAAGUACCGGCCGGGGAAGGACGGCUCCGCCGGCCAGCCCAAGCUGCUGCAGCACAGCGUGGAUUUCCUCGGCGAGGAUUUCCAGAUCCCUGGCAUGCAGGAGCAGAGUGUGGAAAUGAUGCAUAAGAUGCACCGCGGCGGCCAUCAUCACCAAGGCUACCAUUAGACUCCACAUCGACCCGUUUGUUCCCAACAGCACUUCGACCUGCUGAGCAGAGCCGGGCGAUAAGAUCGCUGUCAUUUCUAAGAAAGAAAAUACAAAAAUAUUUUCUAAAGUGGAUUUUAUGAUUCCCUCUGUGUGUCAGGGCCGCCAUACAAAACUUUUAAGUUAUUUAAUUAAGCGACUUUAGUCCUAAUUUUACCAGAAGGAAGUUUCUGCACUUGUAGCCUGGCUCUGAAUCCAAAGUCCCAAUUAACAAAAGCUAUUAAAAAAAAAACGCUUGUCAAACAAGAUGGUCGCCAUGACAUCACUCCAACCCAAGGAGAGCAUUUAUGGAAAAAAAUCCAGAACUUUUAAUAUUCAGAAAACUAAAAUAUGAAUCGAUCUGAUCGAUUUAUCGCCCAGUUCUGCUUCAGAGUUUCAUGGUUGGGCCUCGUGUGAUGGACCGCCGCCCUGCGGCGCCAUGCAGUGCCCUGCGGGGAUCCGGAGACCGCCGCGGCUGGGAUGAUGCUCAGUGGAAGCUUCCUGAGCUCGAGCGUCGCCAGCCACUCCGCUCUGGACCGCCGCAACACUUCUCAGUUUCACGACUUUUCUCAGCAUUCGUGGCCUUACGAGCGCCCAGAGGCGAGCUUCAGGAAGUCCUGGAACCACGGGUUCUCAUCUCCGCCUCGAAGGCUCGGAUUUGCUCUGCGGUUCUGAACUUUCCCGUCUCCUCGCCAGGUUUUCGUCUCGUUCUUCUGUCGUGGAUCCGUAGAUCGCCCUACUUCAACUGUAGACAUGUAAAAGUUUGGCAGGAGGAACUGAAACUCCAUAUUUAAGUCUGGUUAAUGUGAAGCGAAGGCGUCCUGUCGGAACGGCGUGAUGGCGACUCCACCCUCUUCAGCUCAUCUCCUCUUUCCUGAUCUGAUCUGUGAAUCGGUUUGAUUUCUGUUAGCGAUGAGCAGCAAACCCACUUCCUGUGGAUCCUGCGGUUCGUUUGGGGGAGCCGGCGUGGGCCGGUUCCAGGUUCUCUGAAACAUCCGCCCAAAAAUCACAAACAUCUGGAAACUUCAUCUAAUGCAUUCAUUUACAACAAAAUGAAUAAAUAAGGAUGCAUCGAUUUCCUGCUGAAUAUUAAAGAUCAGCUUUUCUGCCGUCAGCGUUGUUUAAUUUAAGGGGAGACGUCACACUGUGUGUGGAGGAGCAUUUGGAUUGCCUAUCUAUGGCUACGAUGCUAGGUCUGUUAGCAUCGUAGCCAUAGAGCUCCAUAUUAGCCAUUAGCACAGUUAGCAUGGGGCCAUUUGUGGCCCCCAAAUGCAACUCAACAUUGAUACAGGUUUGACCUGUCCACCAGAAAUAAUUGAUCCAAUUAUUGCCAACAUAAUAAAAAAGUAUUAAGUACAACACAGAGUAUUGUGUUGUAUUAAGUAGAACCACGUUAUCCAUUAAAUAAAUUAGCUUUUAUUUAAUUAAUUAAAAUGUUUUGAAGGAAAAUUACCCAAAUUCUGAGAAAAAAAUUGUUCAAUAAAAUUCCAAAAAUGAAAAAAAUUAGAUUUAAUCCAGGAAAAUCCUUGUGCUUUGGAUCUAUGAUGGAAAAAACGGAUGAAAUGAGUUUUUAUUCUCAGACUCAAUAAUUUGACAGAAACCUCUUAUUUAUCUUUCUGUUGUAACUGAUUAUAAAUGUUGUCACCUUCCUUUAAACAAACUGACUGGCAGAAAGCUUGAGCAGUUUCAGAAGCCGGCCUAGUUAAAGCCCUGAUGUCGCUGCCCUUGCCUUCAGAGUGAUGCUGCUCAGCGACUAAAGCCUUAAAUACGCGGUCCUGUCGCCGAGGUAACUAAAAGCCGGACUCUACUCUGAUUGGCCGAGGUUGGCUGAAACUCCCGCCCCUCUGACAGCUGUGGAGUUUUUCAAGCGUUUGGUAAAGUGGGGAGCGGUCUGGAGCGGGGCUGUAGCAGUCGUUCUAAAUGUUUUUAUUCCUCUGUCCUGAAGCCAAAGUCGUUUCCACUUCAGGGGCCAAAUGUGACUCAGGCGCUUUCACCUGGAUUAUUAGGAAAGCUCAAUUAUUACCUGAAAAAGUCAAACGGUGGUUUUUGGAUCUGGGUCGGUUCGCUCUUUCACCGACUUCACUGCAAAAACUCAAAAAUAUCUCCGUGUUUUAGUCACAAAUAACUUUUCGACAAAUAUAGGAGCUUGUUUUACGCCAAUGAUUCUUGAUUUGAAAAUAUUCACUGGCAGAUUUUUAUUUCACUUAUAACAAGACAUUUUUCUGUGAUUGCUUUUUUUAAAACAUUUUUUUGUUUUAUUACAAAAUCACCAGAAUAAAGUCAUAAAAUUACUAGAAAAUGUGCAAAUACUGUUCGCUGAAGUCCUGCUACUGAUAAGUUUUUAUUGAUACCAAAGCAUAACUUCACAAGAUGCAACAUUCCUAAUUUUUUGUGCAAGUUAUAAAUUAUUUGAUUCUACUAAUAUUAAAACCUUCAUAUGUUAAUAUUCUGAGUUUAACUUCAUAUUAUUUAAACUAUUGUUGAGUUUUAUGAUUUUAUUCUGGUAAUAUGUCAUUAAUCUCAUAUUACUUUUUCCUCAGCUUUUAUUAUCAUAUAAUUAGGAUUUUAUUAUAGUAAUAUGACUGUAUGACUUAUAUUUGUCUUCAAAUUGUAGCUUUUUGUCUUAAGACUUUAUUUUCUUAAUAUUACCACUUAUUUUUCUCAUAACUUCUCAAAUUCUCAUUCUUGUACUGUUUCUACUUGCUGUUGUAAAAUUUGAAUCUCUUAAUAUUAAUGUGAUUCUCAGAACACAACUUUUUUCCUCAUUAUUUUUCUCCUAACUUCAUUCUCAUAGUCUGAUCCUAAUACUUUGUUUUUGUCAAUAAUUGAGUCAUUUAAGUAAAGCAAGCUCCUUUAUAUUCCUGUUUCCCUGUAAAGUUUUUGUUAUACGGAGAUAUUUGCUCUACAAAUUAGACCAAAAUGGGUUUUUUUCAGUGCAGUUGAUUCCAGUUGUUAAGAUAUUUCUGCUGGUUGUUUAAAACUUUGUGGAGAUUUAAUCAGAUAAUGUCCUGUAUGAUUUCAUACUGAGUUAAUUCCUGGUGUUUGAUGCGGUGCAGGAGCGAAGCGACCAGGUUUAGGGUCUUUAUACUUGACGGGAGUUACUUUCUGCUUCCCUGGCUUUCGUUUUUGAUGUGCCUGUCCCUUUAAGCUGCUAUUGAAUUUAAUCAGCACACUGAUCCGGUGUGUCUAUAAAUAGUAACACGAUAUGGGCUGCACCAGUGCGGGGGAGAAAACCGCUCCGGUCUGGUGAGCGGACACUAGGAGGCGUUAAACCCGCCGCACGAACCAGGAUUAAGUUUCACGUUUGGGUUUUUCCCCAACAGCCAAUCAGACGAGCUCAAACACUAAACUGUCGGACCGAGCCGCCUCUGGUUCCGAACCGCCUCUGGUUCCGAACCGCCUCUGGUUCCGAACCGCCUCUGGUUCCGAACCGCCUCUGGUUCCGAACCGCCUCUGGUUCCGAACCGCCUCUGGUUCCGAACCGCCUCUGGUUCCGAACCGCCUCUGGUUCCGAACCGCCUCAGUGCAGCCCGUUGAAGUCAGGUUCUACAGUUUCAUAUGAAGUGCCUCCACUGGGCUUAGUAUGGACUAAUGUGUGUGUGUGUGUGUGUGUGUGUGUGUGUGUGUGUGUGUGUGUGUGUGUGUGUGUGUGUGUGUGUGUGUGGUACCUGCACAGGUGUGCACAAAGUGAAUCUAAUGGGUGUGUUUGUGGGGGGACCAAGCUACUUGUUGUAACUACUGAUACUGUGUGACGGACCGAAGUCCUGAAGCGUGCCACGACUUGUCGACGCUGUGGGGCGUCAACCGAUUGCUGCUGACCCACCGACCAAAGUGACCAGGUGUCCUUCUCUCUCUGAGCGGCUAGCAGCUAGCGGCUACCUCUUAGCAGCUAACUGCUGCUAGUAUGGAUCGGCUAUUAGUACUGAAAUGGACAAGAAGCAGCUAAUAGCUACUAGCAAUUAGCUGCUACCAGAAUGAACAAACUACUAGCACUACUGUGGACAAGAGAAACAGCAGCUAGUGGCUAGUAGCUGCUAGUAGGCACAAGAGAAGCAGCUAGCCACUAGUGGUAAGAGAUUAGCUGCUACUAGUAUGGACAAGCAAAGUGGCUAGUGACUUGUAGCUACUAGUAAGGACAAGAGAAACAGCUAGUCACUAGUGGUUAGCAGUGAGCUGCUAACCACUAGUUAGUGGUUAUGGACAAGCUACUGGCCGGACAAGAGCAGCAGCUAGCAGCUAGGUGCUACUAGUCCACCCUAGCCAUCAUUCUAGCAGCUAGCUUGUUCUUCUAACAGUAACAAUCUAGUGACGUAAAGAAGAGCUGCUGCUGCCUUUGUUCUGUUGCUUUCAGCGAAUCUUGUGAAGUAAAAAUCAAAGAUGUGAACUGAGCAUAAGAAAAUCUAGAGUGAUCGGGUCGUUGUGGCGGAUACCCAGGGCUGCAGGAGAAAGGGGGCGUCAGAUUUAUUGGAACUAAUGGAUGUAAUUUGUUGUCUAAGCAGGUAUUCUGUUGCUUUUGGAUUGUGGAUAUUGCGGAUGUUACGUCACCUGGUUUGUGCAAAUCAGGAAUCAUUUCCUGGGUUUUAAUUGGUUGGGUUUGCCAGAACCGCCACUGAACCAGAGCUUUGUGUUUCCUGGUUCCACUUGAGGUCCAGAGGGAGGUCGGUACACGUCUGUUUGCACUCUAAGACUCGUCUACUGAAGCACAUUCUGGUGAAGAGGAACCCAGCAGUCACUCUAGGUUUCUUAUUGCUCUGAUCCAGCUGUGGUGGGUUGUGAGAACCAAAAUGUUCUGACCGCUGGUGGACGGGCCGUUCUGUCUCUACUGUGUGAAAAUGUGAUAUUUCCCGUUUUGCCUAAUCUUCAGGAACUCAAAUGUCUUGCACAAACAUUCCCCCCUUAACCAAAAUAAAGUUUGCAAACACAAA